AUGUUUCGGAUACCAAAGCCUACGAUGCCUACAUCCACUGCAACAACAAUUACGAAACGUCCCAAGCAGGCUCAAAGUUGUCUUUAUACAUCCUAUGAAUGCACACAAUCCUGUCUCGAGGAAUAUUCGUACUGUGCUAAACACAUCCUCGAGGAUCCCAGUGCACCUUACAAACAGUGUGCUUUUGUAUAUAACACCAAUGGGAGAAAGUGUCAGAAUCCAGCUCCAAAAUUAGACAGAAGAGAUGUCUCAUAUUGCAACGAACAUUCUAGGAGAGCUCAAAUUGCACGGAUUAAAUCAACGUCGCGACGUUCUCUGCCGGAAACACCAGAGAUGCUACUACUUAAUUUAAGCCAUUAUGUUAAGCCUGUUGAUUCUAGUGUGGAAGACACAGAAGAGGAAAAAGGAAACGUGAAAGCUUUAGAUCCUUUUACCCAAGUUGAUGCUUACAGAGUAAAUGCAAGUGGAAGUGACAUCUUAGAUUACGCCAGUUCAUCAGAGAGUGACGUUGAACCUACAGUUGUCACUGACACUCUUAGAGGAGUUUACCUCGACGAUAGCGACAAUGAGAGUUUACACAGCCCACAAGAGGAUCCUCUGAAACAUGCCGGAAUCUUUACUGCGGAAGAGGUAAUUUAUAUCGCGAGGGAAAAACUGAUCAGGCUCCAGUCUCUUUAUAUAGAUCAAUUUAGAAGACUUCAGUAUGUAUUAAAGGAGAAAAGGCGGAAAUAUUUACUUGCUCUAAAGAAAGAAAAGGAAACAUUAUGUAGCAUACACAAUCAGAAAAAGGAGACUGCGAAAGAGAAGAAGCUUUACGAGAAAUUGAAAGCUUUAAAUCGCUAUCACAGACGGAGUGGUGUUGAGGCAAUACUUUACAGAAAGUCAUUAGAACGUCGCGCACAGGUAACCGAGCCUCUUCAGAAGCCACCCAAUGUGUCAAAAUGUGUAUUUACUGAAGGUGGUGUAAAAUGUGGCGAAAGAACGCUUCCGUCUGCUAAACAUUGUCGUAAACACAUUUUGAAGGAUCAACAUCAAGUGUUAUUUAAAGCAUGCGGAGCGGUACGAGCGGACAUUGAAUGUCAUGAACCUGUGCCUGUGAUUUUUGAUUCCAACUGUGUAUUUCACAUGAACUUGCCAUCGCCGUGUAAACUAGAGCCCAUGAAGUUCGAGGAAGAGAAACCCGUAAAGCAAGAAACGAUGACUGACAAUCAAUCGAUGGAGAUUGACGUAGUGGGCGAGACGCAAGAAAUUGAUCCCGAUGAUGAUAUGGCAGGACUGAUGAGGGAAAUGAAUGAUUCCGCCAAUUUAAAACCUUCAUUUGCGAAUGAGAGCUUGAAUAGUGAGACCAGCACGGACACGGCAUUCAGUCUAUCGGCACAGAUGAGCGAUCGGGAUGAUUUCAUUACUGUAUGAUCAAAUGUUUUUAUAUGAUUUUCAAAGUGGAAUUAUUUUUACGAUUAUAUUGUCACCGUGAUUGAUAAAAGGAGUCACGGUGCACUUUACUCUCAGGUAUUCUCCUUCAGAAUUACAAUUUUCUAACUUAGCUACUGAAUACGUGAUUACAUAGACGCACACGUGCAGUGGGCUUAUCUAGACGCGUAAUGGAACUAUUUAAAAGAAUUGUUAAUAUAUUUGUAUAUAAAAAAUAUAUCAGAUAUGAAUGACUGUAUAA